AUGGCGGGCUGCCCCCGCUGGGCCGCCGUGCUGGCGCUGCUGGCGCUGCCGGCCCUGCCCCGCCGCGCCGCCGCCGGCUGCGCCGCCCGCGGGCUGUGCUGCCCGGGCCGCGACCCGGCCUGCCUGAGCGCCGGCUGGCGGCCCGACGGCUCCCGCGGGCCCUGCUACUGCGACCAGGCGUGCGCCCGCACCCUCGACUGCUGCCACGACUACGCCGAGGCCUGCCCAGUUAUCCCCUGUGUCGUAUCUCAGUGGAGCGUCUGGAGUGGCUGCGCAGAGCCUUGCAAGACAACAUAUCGUGUUCGGAGGAGGCACGUCAUCCAGGAGCCCAGGAACGGAGGAGAGGCAUGCCCUCCUCUGGAGGAGAGGGCUGGCUGCGUGGAGUACUGGACUCAGCAAGGAACAGAGUGCAAACAGUCCCUGAUCCCAGCAUUAAUAACAACAGGAGGGUUUGGAAAAGCGAGGAAAAAAAGAGCUGCAGCUGAUGGCAAUGGAAGAGCAGGGUACUGUGUUGAAUUCCAGCUUGUGGCCAUCACGCCGGGCUGCUUGCAGAGCCACCACUCAUAUACUCGCUGGAUGCAGUAUCUCAGGGAGGGCCACACCGUCUGCGUGGAGUGCCAGCACCCAGCUUUAGACUCUGGAAGUCAACAUUGUUAUGGGGAUGGCAGUGGAAGCAAAACGAAUCAGCUGCUGCACUGGCAGGCAGUAGGGAAUCCUCGAUGCAAGGGAACCUGGAAGAGAAUUCGCCAGCUGGACACUUGCUCCUGUCCUUCUGUUCACAGCUUCUUGUUCAUCUAACUUCUCCUGACAGUCCCAGCAAGUGAGUGCUGUGAUGGCUUGUCUGGCACCAACGUGUGCAGCAGUAGGAACCACAACCAAAACAGUGACUUCUCCAUGUCAGAGGCUAUGCUACUUACUUUCAAGAGGUUGCUGUCUGUACUGGGGCAUCCUGAAUCCUCUCUGUCCAUGUGUACUCCUCGAUUUCCAAAGAAAUCAGUCUGGCUGUGAAGUGCCAGUCUCUUUCUGCUCAUCCGUCCCUGAGAGAGGCCUGUCUGACCCCGAUGACUUCUUGCAAAUUCCCCCUGUCUUGAGAGGAACGAGAUUUCACCAAAUAAGAAAUCAGACAAAAAAGGCCAUAUGAACCCGAGUUUAAUUGUUAUUUUUCUGAAGUCUCAAUGAAGAAUCAACAAUGCAAAAUAAAUUAACUCAAGUGCCUUCUUUUCAUGGCAAUGGCGCUUCUUCAUGGAUGCUUCCCACUUGUGCUUAUAUAUCUUUUCCUUUUGUUUUCACCCUCUUUGGUCUCAUCAUUUCAUAUUGAUCCUCAGUCUUACAGAAGGUUGAUCUUGUGCUGCUGAGAUAAUGGCAAAACUUAGAAAUGAGCCUGUUCAAAUCUGUGAGAAUAGAAGGUACCAGCGAUAAAUGGGCCCUUGGGCUUCAGGUUUCAAGGAGCAUCUCUGAGUUGCCCCAAAAUGCAGUGCAGUCCCGGGGCUCUAAAUAGGAAGUCAUCCCAGCUGUACCAGGAGGGCUAGCUAUAGCCUUGUAUUUUCGACUGGAAAAUAUUUGAAAUAUUUUCUUUAUAUUCUGCUGAUUUAUAUACAUACUUUUCUGUAAAUUAAAAUAAAGGAGA